UUAGUUCCCUAGCUAAAAACGCGCUUUUUCACAAUCAUUAAUUCACAUGCUAUGCAUUCGAAAAUUCAAGCCCAUAAGUUACUUGUUGCCAUAGCUACAAAACGCAUUGCAAACAUAAAAGUCUAGUCAACAAAAAUAGUCAGCAUCAAAAUAAAAUUAAAUUAAAAUGAACUGCAAGCCAAUAUUUUCGUUCUCAAUUGACAUGAAAUUGUCAGAUAAAGGAGUUGUUGUAGGCAAAUAUGAUGCAGUUAAUCCUAGUCUUACAGCAAUCACCCAAUCAAAUAAAAUUAUCAUUCACAGUCCAAACACUCGAUACAACAUGUUCAAUACACAAAAGGCAUGGUCUGAGAUCAAAAAGGAUAUCGGAAUGCUUUCAGUAAAUUACACAAUAACAUCAAUAGCUACAGGAAAGCUAUCAGAUUCUGAUAAGGAAUAUUUAGCCAUUGGCACGGAGACAAAUAUUUUGGUUUAUCAAGUCGACGAUAACAUUGAAGUUUUCUUUAAGGAUGUGUCGGAGAGUGUGAGGUGCAUGACAAUUGGUAAUAUAGACAUCUCCUAUCCACCAUUAUUGCUUGUAGGCAGCAAUACAACCGUAAAAGGAUAUAACGUAAAGGGAGAUGAGAUUUUGUGGAUUGUCAUUUCGGGUGUCGUAAAUUCCAUCAUACUAUUUGACUUUAAUCGUGACAAUGAUCAAGAAAUAAUACUUGGAUGUAAUGAUAAAAUAAGAAUUUAUAAACAAGAUAAGUUCAUAAAGGAAUUGAACGAGAAUGCUCCAGUAAAGCAGAUAUCACCAUUGGGAGCACAAUUGCUUGCCUUUAUACUAAAAAAUGGAACAGUUGGAGUUUAUGAAGAGCACGUACGUCUAUGGCGAAUUAAGUCAAAAAGUUGUGCGACAUGUUUGGCAUCAUUUGAUUUACUUGGAACAGGUACACAACAAAUCAUUCUCGGAUGGGAAAGUGGAAAAAUUGAUAUUCGAGAUCCACGUUCGGGGGAUGUGCUCAUGAAACUUAUAUCACCAAAUAAGGUUGUUGGAUUGAUUGUCACAAACUAUCGUGGCAUGGACAAAGAUGAUUUGAUUUGUGUCACCGAGCAAGGAGAAGUUCAAGGAUAUACAUCCUCAAAUGUCAAUUUAGCUCCUCUCACAGCAACCGAAAGUUCACAAAUCAAAGAAUUAUUGGCAGCAAAACAAAAGUUGAUGCUUGAGCUGACGCACUAUGAAAAUAACUCAAAAGUUAAUGAAUUAAUUGGAAGUGGAGCUGCUGAAGAUUCUGUAGCUGCAAUGAAUGCAUUGAAAAGUAUAUCAGAUGAUUUUGCAGUCAUACCAGCCAAUACUCGUCUACAAAUUGCAAUAUCGACUGACGGUACGAAGCAAUCAAGUGUAGAAAUUGGCAUCAGCACUAACAACUCGACGAUAAUUAAAGCUGUCAUAAUAUUUGCUGAUGGAAUUUUCCCGAAUGGAAAUGAAACGCUGAUUGUUCAUCCACCAACAAAACGUGCCAAUUCAGGCUCUUAUUCAUCUAUGAAUGCUUUAAGUAAUCGUACUGGUGGAGUUUCUAGCAUUGUUGUUCCUUUAAAAAUCCCAAAAGAUGAUCCCGUCGAUGUUCAUAUUAAAGCAUUUGUUGGAAGUGCUGAUGGGAAUCAAUAUCAUGUGUUUGAACUUAAUCGUCAAUUACCAAGAUUCUCUAUGUAUUCACUGCAUGAAAGAAUCACUGGCUCACCAAAAUGUUUAAGUGAAAUCAACAGGCUGAGUGAAGAUCAUUUAUCAGCAGCACCUGAGAGUUAUGUCAAAUUUAAAGUAACUGAACGUGUUAAUCGCUUCUGCAUGUUCAUAAAUCAAAACUUUCUAUUGCCAGCUGAUAUAGAGCCAAACUCAACAGAGACAGAAACGUUUGAUUUCUUAAAAGUUUCUUUAAUUUGCUUACGUGACAGUUCACCGCUGGUUAUAACAUUCUACAAUGAUUCCAACAUUUUAAUUCAAACUGAGAAUAUUGAAUUGGCUGGCAAUCUGAUUCAAGCUAUGUCACAAUUCAUGAAUGUGGCAAAUUUAGAGUCUGUUGCUGCAUUUCCAUCUGUUGUAACAAAGUUUCGAGAGCUGUUUGAUAAGUUGCAAGGAUUGCAAGAGUCAUCGAAUGUCUUGAAGACUGAUACAGCAUUGAAAAUCAAUUUGUCAAAGAUUUUAGUUCUACGUGCUGAGGAUGCAAAAGUAACAAAUAUGGAAAAGCUAUCAAGCUAUUACAACGAAUUGAUGUUGACAAAUGAGGAACUGCUGACAUCAUUUAAGAUUAGAAGUGAAAAUUACAAUGAAGUUCAACGAUUAUUGAGUGAAAUUAAUCAAACUCUUUAUCAUGCUCAAAGAUUAAGAGUUGGAUCUGCAUCUGCAAAAAUGAUGUCAAGCUACAAAGAAGCCUUAGAGCAAAAAAAUAUUGAAAAGUUGAUUCAAAUUAUGGAAAUAAGUGGAUAAAAUAAAUGACUAAAGAACAUUACAGCUUAUAAAUAAUUGUGUCACGAAAAUAAGUCAAAUUACAGGAACAUUGAACUUGUUAUCGAU